UAUUGAGGAGUUAAAGGAGCAUGCAUCGGUCCCUGUGUCGUCUCUAUGAAGCUUAGAGUUCUAGAGGAAACAGAUGGGAUAAGAAAACCAGGGGAUCUAAUUACAGAGGCUUAUUUAGCAAUCCAAGCCUCAAGCCGCUGCUCCUCCUCGCCGUUUCUCUUUCAGAGGUAUUCGUCUCAAAGCCUUGAGACAGCUACGGUUGUUUAACAUGGAGAACGAGGAAGAGGAAGAUGAAAUCUUUACCACAUUUCAGGGAGGAUAUGAAGGGCAGGAAGAUGUGGAGGAGCAGGAGGAAGAAGAACAAGAGGAAGAGGAGCCAGAGGCUGAGAGGAAGAGCAGUUGGGAUGUCCCAAUUCCAAGUCGAUCAUUGGCCAGUCGCAGAGCUUCACUUCCAUGUCCGGCUCAGCUGAAUGCGAUGCAUCUGAGCCGUCUGCACGCUGCCACCACGAGCCCUAGCCCGGCGUAUCUGAGCCACUGGCUUCAGAGCGGUGAGGCGAGGCCGUGCUCUCGCUCCAGCCAUGUUACCAAUAGCGAGGAGGGAGCUCACACCAAGAGCAGCGCACGUGAACGACGCCCACAUGCCAUCCCAACCAUCCCUGAGCUGCACGAGCAUCUGGAGAGAAAAGCUCGGUUUAGGAGCCGCAAUGUCAUGUCUCUGAGUGAUGCAAACAGUUUGUGUCUGAUCUGCCAUGACGACCUACGCAAAGGAGGAGGAGUUAUCAGAGAGCUUCACUGUUCCCACAGCUUCCACAGUGAGUGCAUAGAGGAAUGGUUGUGGACCAAGCAGACCUGUCCCACGUGUCAAAAGCAUGUUGCCAUGCCAGAGCCCCUGUACUGGACAUCUACCAGAGUAAUAGUGCCCUGAGCUCUUCCAGCCAGCUCCCAUUCAAACUACCUUGGACAUCAGAUGGCUAACCAAAACAUCAGACAUGAUGGGGGAUAACUGACAAUGGAUAAAGAACCAGCUACAAAAAAGGUGGUCAUAUGACUAAUCAGAUUUUGUUAUUCAGAGAAACAGAUUGGUAGAGCAUUUCUUUGUACAUAGGCUAAAUGAUUUUAACAUCACUAAGUGUAAAAUAGUUUUUUUUUAAAUCAUAUUUACAUAUUAAGAAAAUAUGUUAUUUUCUACUGUGUAUACCUUUUUUCUGCAGAAAUUUAAGCAAACUGCACAAGUUGUAUGAAGUUGUACAAUUGUACAUUUAAAAAAUGUACCUCACUAUAUUAGUAAUUCAAAGUAGGCCUACUCGCAAUGUUCUGUUUUCAAAACAUGUAACUACUAUCAACAAAAGUGUAGGCCUGCAUUUACCAGGUGUGUAUUUGAGUAAAUGUGCUUUUUUA